AUAAUGCAGCUAAAGCUAUCCGGUUUUUGUUGUGUGUUGUCAUCUGUAGCUACGAGAUGGACCAAAAGUUGGACACGGACAGCCUUGAAAUGCGCCUUCUGGCGUUGGAGAGCCGAUUAUACGGCGAGAGAAGAAACAAAAGUGGAAAACAUGUCAAGUGUGCAGAAGCUUUGACCAGAAUUCAAGCAGGUUUGACCAACACGGCUAACAAGAGAGAGAGAGUAAAGAUCCUCCACAAAAAGAUUGAGGACCUGAUGAAGUACCUGGACCCCCAGUUCACUGACCACAUCACUCUGCCUGAUGCCAUGAAACUUGAGUUCAUCCUGGCAGAGGAGGACUCCUUGGUCUCUGAAGCUGCUUUGUUGGAGCAAGUUAACAACUUGCAGCCACUGUUGGACAGUACCCAUAUUAGAGAUGUACCUGAACAUGCGACCAAGCUGCAGCGUCUUUCACAGAUUCACAUCAAGCAACAGGACCAAACAGAAGCUCAGUCACAGGAAGUUAAAAAGCUUUUUGAGGAAUACAACAAAAUGAUGUUCCUGCUGUCCAAGCAGUUCGCCCAGUGGGAUGAGACAAUGAGGAAGAUGGAGGAGGCCAAAGGAAUCCGACCUGUGGAGUAGUUACUCUGAGCAAUGCUAAAAGUAGGAGAAAGAUUAACGCUGCACUAUGGUGGUAGCUCCUGAACAGAGAUGUUGCAUUAUGUAGCUCAUUCUACCCCAGUAAGUCAGGAGGGAACAAAACGCUAAAGAGCAACAGCAUUUCAACACAUUUCUGUUUCUUCCUCACUUUUUGACUCUUUAUUGGUUUGCAGACCAAGAAAGAAUAUUAAUGUUGCCUAAACACUGUUUCUUUUAAUGCAAUGGUAUUUAAUGAAAUAGUAAAACAACUGAACUGAGGCUUGUGAAUCUUUAUCUAUUGUGGAGAAGAAUUAGCUUCAUCCUCCCUGCAGCACCAAUAACUUGGAGAGGUUGCUGUUAUUUAUUGUUGACAGUAGCGCUUUUUAGUUCAUUUUAGUUUAACUAUCUUCCAUCCCUGCAAUCGACUUGUAUUUUUGCUUUUUUCUUCUUAAAAAGAACACAGACACACCUUCAGACACAUCUUCAUUGCUUUAUUUUCUUCCUCUGGAUGUCUAAAAUAAUGUUUAUAUGUCUUUGUGUGUAUAACUGUGCAUAAAGCGUGAACGUAACAAUUAAAGUAGUUAUAAACAUUA